AUGAGGGAAGCCCGGAGAGUAAACUUCAUGAAGGACAUAAAGGUGAUGAUGUAUGGGUAUGGAGAUGUUGUGGCACCCAGGUACGAUACGGCAGAGGCUCUCCACGGAUAUGUCCUGGACUACAUGAGCAUCCUGCUAACCAAUACACACAACAUGGCACAGGUGAAGGGAAAAACCAAGACUGAGGAUCUUUUGUACUAUCUGAAGAGAGACAGGAAAAAGUACUCUAGAGUCCGGCAUCUGUUGAUAACAAACGAGGAGAUCAAGCUGGCCAAAAAGGCCUUUGAACCCAAAGAUUACGAGAAGGAGUGA